UGUGAAAGGUGAAUGAUACUUCUAUGGGUUGAAACAGAGAUGGUGAAUUGUUAUGGUGCAUUAGAAUUUGGAUUUUUUUCUUUUUCUGGAGAUGGCAGCUACAAGAUGCAUGGGAUGUUUGGUCCUGCGUCAUGUUCCUGUCUUCAAAGCUCAUGGACGACUCGCCAUAUCUCGCGGAGUUCAUCAGGCGAAUGUUGUUUAUCCAUUCAUGUUAGGUAAACGAUGGUUUUCAAGCAAAGGAUGGAUACUGCCAGAAGGCUACGAUACAGGAAUAACCAUUUACAAUAGUGCAGUUAAAGAAAAGGUCCCAUUAAAGACUCUGCAGCCUGGUCUCUUAACGUGGUAUUCUUGCGGCCCAACUGUGUACGACUCUGCACAUAUUGGCCAUGCCCUGGCAUAUGUGAAAUUUGACAUUAUAAGGAGAAUUUUGACCAAGAUGUUUGACCUUAAUGUUGUGAUGCUCCUUGGGGUAACUGACAUUGAUGACAAGAUAAUCAGACGGGCUCAGGAUCUAGGUGUGGACUUCCAAGGUAUCACUAAAUACUACGAGGAAGAGUUUUUCACUGAUAUGGAUAAGCUAAGAGUCAUGAGGCCCACCGUAGCACCAAGAGUUACGGAACAUAUCCCACACAUUAUUAGCUUUAUUCAGAAAGUCAUAGAGAAGAAACUUGCUUAUAUUGUAAGUGAUGGUUCAGUAUACUUUGAUACAGUAGUCUAUGGUAAGUAUGGAAAAAUGGUGCCACUUCCAAAAGUAACAGAUCUUCCGAAAACCAGCCUGAAGAAAAAUGCACGUGAUUUUGCCCUGUGGAAAGGUGUCAAACCAGGAGAGCCUUUUUGGGACUCCCCUUGGGGGCAUGGCAGGCCAGGGUGGCACAUUGAAUGUUCAGCAAUGGCAAGUCAUAUCCUGGGCUCACAAAUAGACCUACAUUCUGGUGGUAUCGACCUGCUUUUUCCUCAUCAUGAAAAUGAGGAAGCCCAGUGCUGUGCAUACCACACCUGUGAUCAGUGGUGUAACUACUGGAUACAUGCAGGUCAUUUGCAUACCAAAGGUGCAGAGAAAAUGUCCAAGUCUCUUUAUAACACUAUUAGUGUUAGUGAAUUACUAGAACAGCAUUCUGUUAAUUCAUUCAGACUCUUCUGCCUACUGUCACACUACCGUAAUAAGGUCGACUACACACCAACCUCAAUGGCCCAGGCCAAUGCUCAUCUUCGUAGGAUACGAGCAUUCCUCCAGGACGCCUAUGCCUACAUCAACGGACAGCUCAGAUGCGGACCUCUUGAUGAAGUAGGGCUUAAGAAGAAAUUAGCAGAAACAAGAUCAAAAGUCAAGAAGUCUUUAGCUGACGACAUGGACACAGUGAGAGCCUUUGAUGCUGUGCUAGAACUCAUAGCUCUGGGAAAUAAGGAACUGCAGACAAAGCCCCAGAGUAUGAGCAUAGCCAGGAGUGCAGGAACCAUGGUCUCCAUCUGCAGCUACAUUCAUUACCUAAUGGAGGAUGUCUUUAGCAUUACCUUCCCAAGUGUGCAUGAUGCGGCCAGUCUUUCUCUCGAGUCAGGGGGACGGUUAGCAGGUGUAAUGAAUUCUGUUGUCUCACUGAGACAUCAGGUACGAAGCUAUGCCCUCCUCCAGGAUGAGAACUCAACAAAGGAAAUGUUAACAACAGCAGAAAAGAAAAUACGAAGGCAAGAGCGAGCACCUCUCCUUAAUUACUGUGAUGAGUUCCGUAGUAAUUUGCAGAAAAUUGGAUUGCAUAUCAAGGAUCAUGCUGGCACGUCAUCCUGGUCAGUGGCCGAAGGAUCUAGCGAAACAGACAAGUUUAAGAAAGCAAAGGAUGAGGAGUCAGCGACAGUCAAGUCAGUCAAGUCAUAAGACCUGGAAAUAGAGACAUUCCCAGUCUAACGCAAGACCGAAAGCUUUGGCUCAGAUUCGUAUCUCAGACAUGUUUGCAUUUCCUAGGUUAAAGUCCGGAUUCAGGUUUGAGUUCAGUGCUCUCCUUGUUGCUGUGUGGCCUGUUGAUUCCCCAUCAUUGUUGCAGAUUUGCAGAUAUAUUUGUUGAAUCUUGUAAAGUGGUCUAGUCUGGUAAUUAUGGCUGUAGAGUGAAGUGUUUUUUUUUUUUUUUUUGGUAUCCGAGUUAUAGUUAUAUUUGUAUAUGUGAUCAAGUUAACUGCAGAUGAAACUUUUUUUUUAAUUACAUAUUGAAAAUGUAUAGAGGACUCUAGGUAGAAACAUGUUUUAUCAUGUAAUUGUUAUUCAGGGAAUGUUAUUGCUAUUUGCAGUGAAUUGUACAUAUAUAUUUAUAUCCAUAUGUGUAUACAUGAAUGUAAAUAUUUAUCUUUGUAUAAUAAAAAUUGUGAAUGAAAUAAGAGAUUAAUUUUCAACAGUAGUUUUUAUUGUUCAAAAGUUUUCACAGACAAUGAAAGACAAGUAUAAAAAAUAUUUACAAGUAAUCUUAACGGCCGUGAAAAUUGUCUCCAGUUUUAAAAUGGUCAUUUCAUAUUCCACACAACAUCUCCUUUACAUAAAUCACAACUCAACAAUAAGCAGCUCACAACAUCCAGGAUGGUCUUCUGGUUUCUGCCUUGUACAACAAUUAUCCAAGGGGCAGCAUUUAAUAUGAAGAAAGGCAGGAUGAAGAGAUGAUUAAUUAAAAAAAAAAAAAUUGUCAUAAAAAUAAUAAUAAUUUCUUAAAAAUCCAUACAGUCAUUUUACAUUUAGAAAAUUAAUACAGAUAAUUAUAUAGGUUAUACCAAGUUACAUAUAUUUACAUAAAUCAGAAUUAAAAUGGCUUUCAUGUUGACCUUAAACAAACAAUUUAAAGUAUGAUUUUUUUACAACCUAUGAGGAAAUUACUUGUUCUUACACCAAGUAAUUUUAUCUGGGAUACUUUUAUUGCUCUUUAAGUCAUUUGCAUUUUUAUAUGAAACCUGCUAUAAAAAUGAAAGUUAAACAAAAUAACCAAUACAAAAGAUAAAUAAAAAAAUGUCGAGUUAUCUUACAAAGCCUGAUAACAAUGCGAUGCUAGUGGAAUAUACAAAACUGAUCAACCGUUUUCAAAAUGGUCCCUAUACACUUCUGUGCCAUUGCUAUUUUCAAUAUGGCACAUCACCUUCACAAUAACACAUAAGCUUUUUUUUCACUAAAAGUGUGCACAAACUGCAAAUCUUUUUUUUUUUCUUAUAUAUAAUUUUUUUCUUUUCAUUUCUUUUCAUUUUCAGAAAUUUAUGAGCUGCUGCACACAAUAAAGAGAUCAAUACAUAACUUUAUUGACACUUGGAAGCAUAACAGACAUAUUCAGAUCUAAAUUCUUCCGGCACUUCAUUCUUUAUUUUUCAUCAUUUACCAAAAUGUAGAGAAAAAUUCAAAUUAUGAACACCCUUUAAUUUUUUUUCAAGGAAUUUCUUUUUUUUUUACAUAUAUAUUUUUAUUAUAUAUAUAUAUAUAUAUAUAUAUAUAUAUAUAUAUAUAUAUAUAUAUAUAUAUAAAUCAAUGUACUAACACGUGUUUGUGUACAUGAAGUGCUGUUCAAGAAUUUUUAAACUGAAGAUGUUAAAACUCACUGAAUAAGAUCAUCUGACUAGAUUAAUAAGGAUGAAAUUUAUGAGACGAGAUGAGGCAUUAUGCACCCAGGGUGGUAUUGAAGCAGGCGUUCUACCCUUGAUGGGGGUAAAACUUACCUUAUGGAAGGACCAGCUGAGGUUAACAAUGGAGCCUCAUCCCUGUCACAUUCAUAAGGCAGUAUAUAUUAUUAUAUCUAUUUAUUCACAUGAUAAAUUGUUGAUUUCAUCCUCCUUGUAUGAUUAAAGACUGUUAGUGACACACAAUACAGUUUCUUAUCCUCUCAUUACAAUGGCGGCCACACAAAAUAAAAGAAAAUAAUCAAAUACCCGUCACUAGUUGAUACUGCAGUGGCAUUUACUACUGACAUUAAGUAUUGAUGCCAUAUUACACAACAUUACUGGUUUUCUGCUUCUUCUUUGUGCCUAUAAGCUCAACCUGGAGGGGAAGGUGCUGUUUCAAGUUUGUGCCAAAACCUACCAUAACCAAUUAUUUUCAACUCGUAGGUUUCUUUCUCACUCUCGGGAAAAAAAAGAAAAAGUUCCAGAGGUUAUAAAUAAAUACAUUUGCUACCUUAGAAGAAAGUUACUUUUUAGCAAAUUAAACGGUUCAAAUUAUGAGAUUACCUGUUGAAAGGUAAUAUUCAAGCCAGAUAAAUAUUGAUAUUGAUGUGCAUCAGUAAUAGAUCAAUUGCCUAUAAAGACAAUUACUUGCUUUAGAGAGUUGGUAGCUAGUAAUGCAAGAAUAAACUACGAAGAGAAUAUUCUCACUUUGCUACCUCUCUCUCUUGGCGCACCAAGUCCAUUACUAAAGACGUUUCCCUUAAAGUGCUAAGCAUAAUAUUAAUAGAAAUUAAACUUCCGUUAUCACACCUCCACAUGCAUGACUGUUCCUGUCUCCUGCUUUAAUGCCAUGGACUCAAAAUGGUUUAAUAUCUAACUAACCCUGUUCACUUCCACCAAUCCUAGGAGAUCUGAGACUGAGGCAUGAACUGCAGCGAGAUACAUGAGAAGUCCAUAGUAACUGAACACAAGAAUUACCACACGUCGAGUUGAGCAGGGGAUAAUUCAAAUGAAAUAAAUGUGAGCAUGAAUGUGCAUCCUUUUUGGCAAUCCAUUCUCAAGCUGGAGCUCCACAUUUCUUUGUGAGAAUGAAAUUCAUCUCCCAUUCCCAACUAGCAAACACUGAGAAUAGGCUGAUCAUGAAGCUGAUGUUUUGAUACUUGUGAGAAAAAGACAGUCACUGCUGUAAGCUGCCAAACUGCCUGGCUGGAAUCUCUUUUUUAUGCUCAAAUCUACUCCAUAAGGAUAAUCACCUUCAACUCAUCCCUUAAAAUGCUAUAUACAACAACAACAACACAUUUGGAACACAUCAAUGUUAAUGUUCUCACAUAACAGAAGCCAUCAAUCUUGACUGCUGCAUACGUACAAUUCACACCGUUACACCACAUACUACAUCCAAUGGUCUUUCUUCGUUGAUCAAAAUGACUACCAAAUAUGUCUUGAUGAUUCAGAUACAGGACCAUAGCUACAGUACACUGGGGAACUCUGAUGCAUCAAAAAAUGGAAUGUAAUAAUAGCUGCAGUAAACUAUCAAGUUUUCAAUUACUCUUACGAGGUCUUUAACAUGCAUUCACUUUGUGGGAAAUUUAUGUCUUUAGAUUAUGAAUUAAAGCAUUGAUAUUUUUGCUAGAGAGGUAGUGAUAGUAACCCCAUAAUUCUAAUGUGUUUACAUUUCCAGCUGUAAACUCCAUUUCACUCCAAAUAAUCACAAUAUGGGCUGACCACCUAUUUGAGCUUCCUGUCACACAUUUAAUGCAAAGUUCAUUCUUAUCAUGAAACCUAAUAACCCUUAUCAGAAAUUUCAGAUUUCACACCUUAAAACAAACUUUGCAUAUAACUAAAUGCACUCAAAUGCUUACAAUGAGUUUGGAUGCAUCGCAAGAUGAAAUGUUUAUCUACAACAGAUUCGAUUGAAUUUCUGCAUAGAGAAAAGUAAAUAAUAAAUAAAAGUGAAAGAGCAAAAGACACUGAGAAAGAAUAAAAAGAUCUUGUACCAAAAGAACCUUCACAGUACUUGCCACACUGAUAUCAUUAUGAAUCCGUAUAUGUUAUUUUGCUCUACCAAUCAUUUAUUCACUCACUAAAGUGAGAGCAACCUCUACGUAACACCAAGCAACUGUACAUUUCAAUGCAUAUUUGUAUAAGUAUAAUGUGUGGUGACCUGGACAAUGGGGUCAACAGUUGCACAAGUAUGAACUUUGUCUUAAUGCUGAAACUUCAUUACAAGAAUGUACACCUAAAUGAUCCUUAGUGCAAGGAAAUAAAACUGGGCCAUUUUCAUGAUAGCAAAAGAAAUUAACAUUACAAACUGGACACCUUCAUGUGACAUAUUGGAAUAUAGACAGCACAUUUAACUCCAUAAAGGAACGUCAUUGUUCUCUUAAUGGAAGAACCUCCCUGUCAACUAUUAUUGGCAACUUGAGUACAAGAAAACUGUAAUCAGCAGUAUUACAAGCUUCAUAUGCCAUGAAUUACCUGAAGUUAUUACUUGGUGGCUAAUUCAGAGAGCCGUCUCUUUCCGUGGAGUUGGUGUGUUCA